AUCCCUCCCGACCUCGGAGUGUGUGUUAUCAUAGUUCCUUUAACGGUGGGACAUUGCACUCUGAGCUGAGCGUGUAAUCGGAAAAACUUGCUGCCACACGGCACACGGAACAUGGAUCCCGUACAGCUCAGUCCAAUGAUCUCCGUCCUCUCCUCUCUCACCUCCCAUCCUUUCUGGUUCGUGGCUUCCAUCCUCCUCUACUUGGUGGUCCGAUCACAGAGGAAGGGCUGCUGGAGACCUAGGAACUGUCCCGUGGACCUCAAAGGCAAGACGGCCAUCGUCACCGGAUCCAACACAGGGAUUGGCUGGUACAUUGCUGAGGACUUUGCCCGGAGGAACGCCCGUGUGAUCCUUGCCUGUCGCAGCGAGGACAGAGGUCGGAGGGCCGAGCGGGCGAUCCGACGGAAGACGGGUAACAGUAACGUCCACCUUCGCAUCCUCGACACCAGCUGCAUGAAGUCGGUGCGGGAGUUUGCCGAGCGGAUCCAGCGGGAGGAGAGGCAGCUCGAUAUCCUCGUCAACAACGCGGGCGCAACCGGUCUGCCGAGUACCAUCACUCCUGAGGGCUUAGGGUUGACCUUCGCCACCAACUAUCUGGGUCACUUCCUGCUGACCAACUUGCUGCUGGGUCUGUUGAAGAGGACUCCAUGCAGCCGGAUUGUAAACGUCUCUUCUAUGAACCACAGGAAAGGGGAGGUGAAGCUGGGGCAGCUGUGGGGUGAGGACCUGGGGCGGCCCACCUUUGACCAAUGCUACAACAACAGCAAACUGAUGAAUAUCCUCUUCACCCUGGAACUCUCCAAACAGCUGCGGCACACAGGUGUGACUGUGAAUGCGGUCCAUCCUGGGGUGGUGAUAACAGAGAUAAUGAGAAACUGCGGUCUGCACUUCAGGGUCAUCUACAGACUGCUUGGAUUCUUCUUCUUCAAGUCUGCAGAGGAGGGCGCCGUCAACUCCAUCUAUUGCGCCCUAUCCAAGGAGAUGGAGGAUGUCAGUGGCAAGUACAUCGAUAGCGACUGCUCCCUCUGCCUCCCUAGUCCCACCGCACAGGAUGCAGCCUUGGCCAGGAAACUCUGGGAAGCCAGCGCCACACUGACCCGCCUCAAUGAGGGCGGUAUGGGAGAGACACAUUAACAGGAGACCAUGCAGUACUCAGAGCUACACAACAAGGAGGGCAAGAUCUCUUCCAACACCCCACCCCACCCCACCUUUCUCAUGGUCCCAAUCCACCCCAUCCUGUCUGUCCAUAUCCCCCCUUACCCUUUCCAACCCUCCCUCAUUCUGUGCGUCUGUGAAAAUAAAGAUUAGCUUUAUUUGGCAUGUGUACGCCAAAACUCAGAGUGAUAUACCUCAUUUGUGUCCAUGACCAACACAGUCCGAGGGUGUGCUGGGGCAGCCCAUGAGUUUCGCCACGCCCACGACUCACUAAACCUAACCAUACGUCUUCAAACUUCGGAGUAGAAAUGAUCAGAGUCACCACAUACAACCCUGAGAUUGUUCCUCCUGUGCAGGCCUGCUCAGC